GUUAGGAAACUACCCGCCUUUAUGACUGAAAUACUGUUGGGAAAAGGCGUAAAAUGAAACAAACAAACAAACCAGAAUUAUUUCAAGGCUAAUGGCAUCUUACUCCAGAUCCUAUUUUUAACUGCGGAACUUUUUCCAGAGCGGUUCUGGAACAUUUUCCAUAGUAACUCCGGAACAUUUUCCAGAGUAACUCUGGAACAUUUUUUCCGGAGUAGUAUGUCAUUUUAGCAGAACAAUUUCCAGAGUUGCUUUGAAAACUCUGCAACAUUUUUAUGGAAAAUUCUGGAACAGUUUCAUGAAAUAAGCUCUGGAAAUUCAGGGAGAAAGUACAUGAAAAUUCAUUUUUUUUUCAGUUUUCUUUGAACAACUCCGGAAAACUAGUCCGAAAUAUCCAGAGUUGGCAAUUUCCAUGAAAAUUUCGUUUUUCAUGGAAUAUGUACAGACGUGAUUCUUGUAAUCUUUUGUGUAUUUUAAUUUAUAGAAGAAAAGGAAGACAUGAAGGAAAAGAAUCUCACGAUACCAGUAAUGAGGUUCGGAUCAAAACCAGAACAAAAUAUGAAGUCAUGGUUAAUGGAACAGGCAGCUACAAGCAUGAGGAAGCCCGAGAAAUAUGUCAGUCUUAAAGGGGAUGAACGGUUGGGUAAAUUGAUAAAUGAGCUGCACAGUGGACUCAAAGGGGACUCAGUAAAACUAACAAAACGGCCACUAGUUCAACAGUCGGCAAGUACAAGACCAGUUAAAAUGGGUCCAAAACCAACAUCUAAUGGUGACAACACCUUCAAAGUAAAGGGCCUACAUAAGCCAGUUAUAAAGACAGAGCCUAUGGAUGAAACACCACAGAUUAAGGAGUAUGAUAGUCAACCUAGUCCUGUGGUGGGAGAUGAGAAAGAAAAUACAGAAGAGAAUUUUGAAGGAACAUGUUUAACAAAGGAUCAAAAGGAUUCUUUUAAAUUUGAUGGUCGACUAAUACAACUAACAGAAAUACAGAUUGAAGCUUUAGGAAAAUCACUAUAUGAGAAGGCUAUAGGAGAAGGUGCUUUUGGUCAAGUAUAUAGUAGCAAAUUAUUUGGAAUUCCUGUCGCCGUCAAAAAGAUACAAACAAAUACCAGUCCACAAAAUGAAAAACACGCCCGAAUGGAAAUGAUGGCUAAUAGACUCAUGAACCCAUUUAUACUUCCGCUUAUAGCUUUUGCUAAGAAGUCCAAUGGCAUAUGCAGAGAAACUUGGUACAUAACACCUUAUUGUGAAAAUGGUGAUCUCAAAAAAGCUAUUGAAGAUGGCAAAGCUAGAAAAGAUAAGAAAAUCAAUCUACCAGGAAUACGAGUAAGGAUAGCACUGCAAGUUGCAUUAGCAAUACAGUAUAUUCACACUGAAGUCCCAAAUGUAAGGGGUUCUAUUCUUCACAAAGACAUAGCAUCUUCAAAUGUUGUGUUGGACAAAAAUUUAAAUGCACGUCUCAUAGACUUCGGAUUGGCAAGAGAAAAAAAUGAUACAUCGAACACAAACUCAGAAAGACCUGGUUAUAUUCAUCCUCUAGAAGGCCACGGGGAUCCUGUAAAAGAGAGCUUAGAUUAUUAUAACUUUGGAAUUAUAAUUCUGGAACUGUUGACAAGCCUUGGUCCUUUAGGAGAAAAACAACUUCACUUAAAGAACAUGGAUGAAAAUCAGAUUCAGAAUAAAUUGGAUACAAAUGUUUGGAUUGAUAAAGAAAUAACAAAAAAACUAUAUGCAUUGUCCAAGAAGUGUUUGGAGGAGUUUAAAUGGACUAUUGAAGAAUUUGAAACAAAUGUCAUUAAAGCAUUACAAGACAUCAUGAGGACAGAAGCAGUUGAUAUACAUGUAUAUGAAUGUCAAGAGGAAACAUGUCAUCAUUGUAUAAUAAAUCCAAUAGCUAAACAAUCUUCGUUGACCGAUGAUCAUUAUGCAAACUGCACUCAGAAGAUAAAAGUAUGUAUUGCUUGCGAGAAAAAUAGCAUUCUAAACCCAGUUAUAUGUUAUUGUGGAGCAAGAUUGAUAUCCAUGAUAGGCAGUAAAUGGGGAGCUUUACUUGUUGCUGGUGAUGAUGAAAGUCCGGAUAAAGCAGCAGUCAUGAAGAGAGAAAUACUAGAGUUAGAGAGAGUAGUUACCUCGAAGGCACCACGCAUUAUUGGUAUAAGUAAGUGUAACGUGAAAACAGUUGUACCGUGUGAUACAAAGAAGGAAACCAAAAAAGAAGAAACAUGGACAAAAAUUCAAAAGCAUAUUGCAGACUUUGCUAAAAAUGAAGAUAUUGAUACAUUAUUGAUAUAUAUCUCGUGCCAUGGAGAUAACGGGAAAGAUAAAGAGUCUUCCGAAAGAAACAUGUUUCGGCUUGGGAAAUCAUCAGAGUAUAUAUCGUUAGUUGCCUUUGAAGAACAGUUAGAAACAUUGAACAAAAUUGAUAAACUGAUAAUAUUUCUUGACCGUUGUUUUCCUCCAAUGGUAGAAUUUAAAGAUAGAAAUAGAGAUUUCGUUCAGAUAAACGCAUGCAGCGAGGGUGAAAAGGCAAUUUUAAAAGAUGAAGGAAGUUUGUUUACAACAUAUGUUAUUCAAGGAUUAAAGGCUAGAUCAGAGAAAAGAGAAUGUUCUAAGGAUUGUGAGCAUUGCUUUUCCUAUUGGAACAAGAGAACAGAAUACAUCUCCAUUGAUAGCUUAUUUGAUUACGUUAACAAACACUUAAAACAAAAGGCACCUACUUCAAAAAGGCACCUAAAAGGCACUUUGUAUGACAUUGCCUUUUUUACGGAAGAAAUGGUACACAUAGAAUUUACUUCAAAAGAUAAAACUAUUCGCCUUCAGCUUGAAUAUCUGAAAAACAUUGAUGAGGUAAAAGGUAUGCUUCUCAAGGAGUUCGAAGUUGAUACAGAAACACACAUGGUCAAAAUAGAAAAAGACAUAUUCAGGAAUGAUCAAGAAGCAGAUGAUGAAUGCAAAACAUUGGAACAGGUUAUGGAAGCCUGGGUAAAUAGGUUUCCACUACUUGUUUCCUUUUUGAAGAAAAAAGAUACAUGAAUAUACGCUUGAAAAAGCAUUUCAAAGGGAAGAACUGUAUUGUUUUUAUACCUGUUAGGUUGUACCGCAAUCUCAACUUUUCUGAAUACAAACAUAUAUACAGGUAAAGCCCUCUUGACAGCACAUGCCUCUGAUACUAUAAUUAUGUCAGGUUGUUGAUAUUAUAAGGGACUUGCAUUAUGCUGGUUGUGUUUAUAUGAUGCCAUGUGAUAUGUAUGAUAUGUUCAUGAUAUUAUAUAGUGGACAUGCAAUGCUGGUUGUGUUAAAGUAUUUUUCAGAGUUAUGCCCUCCAAGUAAGAUAAUCACGGAUAAUAAAUCUUCACAAAGAAGGUUGUUAAAUAGUACUCCGAUAAUUGUUUUGAAUUUCGACUAUAAAACAAAUAGACUAAACAGUCCAGGAAACUUAUUCUAAAGAAAACGGGUGAAAAGAAUUAGAGAGUUCUCUCAGGACAACACCAGGAACAUGGAAUUCCUCUUAGCAUUUAUAUGACAAAAUUGAUAAUAAUUUCGCACGAGUUACCCAACCCAUUAGUAACAGUGACAAAAGUGCGUAGCCACCUGAUUGUAAUAGAAGAAGAUUUAAAUGAUAUACUUAAAAAUGUUGAAUAAAACAUGUUUUAAAUCUAUCAAAGAAAUGUUUCAAUCUUCAUUUAUUUACGGAAUACUUUGAUCUACUUAUUUGUCUUACGUCAACUGUCAAAAUCAAGAAAUAAUAUGGCAUACUUUUUUGAUUAACAUGUUGUGACCUAUAUAAUUCAUAUAACAUCAAAAGAAUUAAUAAUUUAUAUUUCCAUUAGUUUUUGUUGUACAUAUAACAAUGCAUUUGCUAAAACACUGUUGUUUCUAAAGAAAGCGUGGUUAUUUUGACAGUUGACGUAAUUGGUUACCAUAGAAACUGCCUGUUUACAAGAAAUCCUUCUAAACGACUUGGCCAAAUUUGUUGAAACUUUGCAGAGAUGUUCCUUGCAUGACGCUCUAACAAAGUUGUUCAAAGAAUUAAAUGCCAAAAAGAACUCUGGUUGCCUUGGCAACGGAAAGAUUUUUUUACAAAAAAUCUUGCAAAAAAAUCGAAAAAGCUAGAGCUUAGUUAUUUGGCAUGAAACAUCUUUCAAGUUUGUUUAAAUAAAUGCCUUAGGGUCAAAAUUGGCCCCACCACUGGAGUCAUUGAUUUUCCUUAUAUGUUUAUAGUAAAAACUAAAAAAUAUCUUCUUUUGACAAUCCAAAAGAGCUAAAGCUUAGACGUUUAGCUGGAAAUAUCUUCCAGUGGAUGUCUACCAAGUUAGUUCAAAUAAAAACCCGAGGGUAAAAAUUGGCCCCGCACCAUGGGGUCAUUGAUUAUCCUUAUAUAUACAUGUUUAUGGUAGAAACUUAAAAAAAAUUCUUGUGAAAUUCAAAAAAAGCUAGUAAAGCUUAAAUAUUUGGCAUGAAACAUGUUUUAGUGUAUGUCUACCAUGUCAAUUUUGACAUAAAACCCCUAGGGUCAAUAUUUGCCCCGUCCCAGGGGAUUGAGGUCAACAGUUCCAUCCCCAGCCAGGUCAAAUGUUUGUUUUCCUUCUCUUUUUUCUGUCAUUUAUUAGCUCACCUGCCACUUAAUGACAGUCUCAACUGUUUAAUAAAAUGGCUAAAAUUAGAAAAUAACAACAUCUUAACAAUAUCUAAACCACUGGUUCAAUUUUGAAAUAAUUUUACACAAAAAUUUCCUUGGUGACAGUGUACAAAAAUUGUUCAGAUAAAUAAGCUGUCCAUUGUUUUCAAAUUGUGCUUCUGUGGUGAAAAGGCGCUCCACCUUGACAGUUUUACAUAUUUCUCAGGUGAAUGAUCCAGGGCCAUCUGGGCCCUCUUGUUAUCUAUAAGAAAGUGUGGCUAUUUUGACAGUUUCGAGAUAUACUGUUUCCAUGGAAACUGCAAUUUUACAAAUAAUCCAAUUAGUUAACAUAAUUUUACUUUUUUUGAAUUCGUCAUCAUACAAAAAAUCUUAUGACAGGAUUAAAUUUUCCUAAAACUGUAGCAAAUGUUUUUAAUUAAUAUGAUGCCAUGUCAUACAAUGCCAUGCCAUUUGUAUGACAUGUUGAUGUUAAUAUAUUGUGGACAUGCAAAACUGAUGUGUUUGUAUGAUGCCAUGUUAUUUGUAUGACAUGUUGAUGAUAUUAUAUAGUAUGACAUAUUGAUGAUAUUGUAUUAUGGAUAUGCAAUUCCGGUUGUGUUUAUAAGAUGUUGUGUCAUAUGUAUGACAUAUUGAUGAUAUUGUAUUAUGGUUAUGCAAUUCCGGUUGUGUUUAUAAGAUGUUGUGUCAUAUGUAUGACAUGUUGAUGAUAUUAUAUUCUGGACAUGCAAUGCUAUUUGUGUUUAUAAGAUGUUGUACCAUAUGUAUGACAUAUUGAUGAUAUUAUAUAUUCUUUAUAUGCAAUGCCAAUUGUGUUUAUAUGAUGUUGUGCCACCAUAUGUAUGACAUGUUGAUGAUAUUAUAAAGUGGACAUGCAAUGCUGGUUUUCUUAUAUGAUGUCAUGCCAUUUGUAUGACAUGAUGAUAAUACAUUGUAUGAUAAAAUGGACAUACAAUGCUGGUGAUGUUAUGAUGUCAUUUUAUAUGUAUGACAUGUUGAUGAUACUAUAUUGUGGUUUGUAAUAUGUUCUCAUGUCAUAUUUAUGUUUAUCACACACCCGUGCCGAUUUCGCGACUCCGUAAAUAUGGUAUUGCACGGCCGUGCAUAUAUUUUGACGUGACGUCAUUAGCGUUAUACAAACAUAGUGUAAAGACGCGCUAAAUGUUAGCGUUAUACCUUAGAUGCGUCAAUGAAAAAUGACUCUUAUUUCACUUUAAACGGUCUUUAUUUCGGGUAUGUGAUAAAUAGAAUAUUAAAUUCGUGUAAGUUCAUUACUGAAUAUAUUGCACUCGUUGAAUAAAAUAAUAUUAUGCUUGCCAGAGGCUCGCAUAAUAUAAUUUUAUUCAACUCGUGCAAUAAAUUCAGUAUUGAACUUACACUCAUUCAAUAUCCUCUAUUAAUCAUUUGUGCAGGUUAUAUGAUGUGUUAUUUUAUAGGAUUUAAUUUGUAUUACAGGCUUUUGGUGUUGCAUAAUAUGUACCAAUUGUAUCAUAGUUAGGGGACCUUUCUGUUGAAAAUGUGUCACAGUUAAAUCGUAUACAUAUACAUGCACAGUGCAUUAACUGGAGUGCAGGUAUUAGUUACCUGCACUCCAGAGCAUGCCCAUUGAUUGGUUCAUUUUGUCCGGGGUUUACAUAUUGUGACGACAAAGCAAGGGAUGGCGAUGGAAAUAUCAUAUUCAGAUGCUUGUUCAUUGGUUACUUUUUGUGGGUUUUCAUGUUUUGGUAUCAGGGAACGUGUUUUUAUGUUUGACUAUGAUACAAAAGAGAAAGAACAUCAAAACACUCGGCAAUCUCAUUUAUACUCGGGGCUACAUUCCCUCGUACAAAUCAGAUAGCCUCGUGUUUCAAUGCUCUUUCUAUUACUUAUUAUGAUGUUAUGUAAUGUGUAUGACAUAUUGAUAAUACAAUAUAGUGGACAUGCAAUGCUGGUUGUGUUAUGAUGUCAUUUCAUAUGUUUGACAUGUUUGUGGGUUGUAUUAUGUUCUCAUAUCAUAUUUAUGCUAUGUUGAUGAUUUCUGUAACUGUUGUGAUAUAUAAGCAUGUUAAUUUCUAGAAUACUUGAUGAUGUGUAAUUUUUUUGACAUUUUUUUGGUUUUGAAUAAUAUAUAACAUGUUUGAUAUUAUUGUAUGUUUUGAAUAACAAUGUAAUAAUUAUAUAAUAUUUGAAUAACAAGUAGAUGAAAGUAUAAUGAUAUGUGUAGAACAUCUUAAGUUUUUAUAUGUUGACUGUAUGUAAGUUGUGAGUCAUAAUAAUAGUGUUAUAAAAUAAUCAUGACAUCUUGAUAUAUUGUUAUAUAUUGUUACACAUGAUUAUAUCAAAUAAUAUCGAGACAUUGAUGAAAUGAUAUUGAUCAGUUCUGAGUCACUAUGACAAAUUAUGGGAUGUGAUAUGUUUUAUUUAUCUAUUGGUUUAUACACUUUCGGUUUCGAUUAAGGCCUACAUGUUGCGGAAUUAUUUGAAUUAAGAUGUUACCUGAACAACGAAAAUUUUUACACUGUUGUUAACAUCAUUUUUAAGGUCUUUCUUUCCAGAGGAAACUUUGUUUUAUAUGAUGCUCAUUGGGAAAAAGUGCAGUGCCAAAGAACCAUAACUCAGUUUUGCCCUGUUUUUGAAUUAUCUCCCCUUUUAGAAAAAUCUUGUCCGGGACAUAACUCUAAAAUUAUAGGACAUUUUAACAUGAAACUUUGUAGGUAGAUUGAUCUCAAUAGGUGGAUGUACAAUGCACAAGGACUGUAACUGUGUCUUGACUAAUUUUGAAAUUAUUGCCCUUUGUUUAAUUUUACACUUUGAACUUUGUCCAGGACAUAACUCUAAAAUUAUUAGAGAUAUCCACAUGAAACUUUGUACGUAGAUAGAUCUCAUUGAGUAAAAGUGCAGUGUCAAAGAAGCAUAACUCUGUUUUACCCCGAUGAUAAAAUAGAAUCAAAAUGAACCACCUAAGCUCACAAUGAUUAGGGUAUCACAUUGCUAGUGAUAAAUAUUUAUGUCAUAAUUUGUAUCACCCUUUACGAAGUUCGGCAUGAAUGCUGGGCGUAAUUGGCAAGGAAUUCGGGUGGAAUCAUUGCUUUCUGGGGGGACAUUGCACGGAAAAGCGAAUUCCGUGUCAGUCUGCCCCACACAGAAAAUAUUUCUUAAACAAUUCUGGGCAUGAAACAAGAAACAUUACAGGCAGAAUUUUAUUAUGGGCGGAAUUUUGUACUUGUAAAUUGUGUCUUGGAUGGAAUUUCAAACUUACUUUUUCUUCAGGUAGGAUUGGCGGAAUUCAGAGCUUUGAUUUUUCUGUUGGGCAUAAUUUCAAUCUUAGUCAUUUGAGUUGGAAAUUUUACACUUAAAAUGUUUUGUGUGGAAGUUUUCACUCAAUUCUUCUUUAGGUCAGUACACAAGAAUUGAAAUUCAACAAUUAAAGAUAAUUGGUGAAUAAUCGAAGUGUUAUACAAAUCUGUUAUUUAAACAGAUUUUGUAAAAUUUAGUUUUCAAAAGAGCUAAAAUCUAAUGUUAAAUUUUAUUUAAUUUUCUAAAUCACAUAACUGAAAUAUUUUGAGUACUAUAUACAACUAAAUAUACUGAAGUAAAAUGUAAAUAAGGUUUAUAUAACAAUAAUUUAUAAUAUUAUAUCAUAUUACAUAUCAUUUUUUCUACUAAAUGGAAAGAAUUUAUUAGACUAAAUACAUUAAGACAAUUUUAUCAAAAUAUUUUUCAAAAUGUUCUGUGAGUUUCUAACUGCAUGAGUAUCUACCCUGCAGUUAAUAUGUUAUAAUAGAUAUUUUAUUAAUUGACAGCAUGUAAGCAAUAGUUCCAUAAUUUAAAAAUGGUAUUUAACUUUAAUAUAAGAGUAAAAUGUUUUUAUGCCAUGUAAAAUAGUACAUUCUCCUAGCAAGUUUGUUUGUAAAUUUGUAGACAUACAUUUAGACUACACUUCCCUCUGCCACUUAGCUUAUGUGUACAAUAAAUACAUAUAUGAUAAUUAUAUAUCAGCGUGCCUAAUAAUUUCUGAUAGUCCUGCAAAACACCAAGAUUUCACAGCAGAAUAUAACACACAGAUCAGAUAAGACUAAUGAUUACCGUCUGCUUUUCCCUCUAUCUAUGCGUGACUAAUCUGCUCAUGGGGCAUUCUGGUAUUCCAUGUGAUUAUUAAGGGAGUCUCAGUAUUAUACAUUUCAUUGACUGGUCUAUGUGAUUAUUUUGGGAGUCUCAGUAUUAUACAUUUCAUUGACUGUUCUAUGUGACUAUUUUGGUAGUCUCAGUAUUAUACAUUUCAUUGACUGUCCUAUGUGAUUAUUUUUGGAGACUCAGUAUUAUACAUUUCAUUGACUGUUUCAUGUGAUUAUUAAGGGAGUCUCAGCAUUAUACAUUUCAUUGACUGUUCUAUGUGAUUAUUUUGGGAGUCUCAAUAUUAUACAUUUCAUUGACUGUUCUAUGUGAUUAUUUUGGGAGUCUCAGUAUUAUACAUUUCAUUGACUGUUCUAUGUGAUUAUUUUGGGAGUCUCAGUAUUAUACAUUUCAUUGACUGUUCUAUGUGAUUAUUUUGGGAGUCUCAGUAUUUUACAUUUCAUUGACUGUUUCAUGCGAUUAUAAGCUCGACUUUUUUAUUUUUGAAAAAAAAAAGUAGAGGUAUUGCUAUAGUCGCGGCGGCGUUGCCCUUGCCGUUGCCGUUCCCGUCCGCAAACUUGUACCUGGGUCAUAACUUUUUGUUUCUUGGUGUAUUGUCCUCAUACUUGGCCACAACAACCCUUGGGACAAUACCUUUCAGUAAACCACACUAACCUUGACCUUCAUCCAUAAAUGACCUUGACCUUCAAGGUUAAAAGUCCAAACUUUGCUUGUUCAUGCUGUUAUUGGCUGUGACUUUGUUAUUUUUGAAUGGAUUGUCUUCAAACUUGAACAUAAUAAUCUUCAAGAAUAUCCCUUAAAAUAACCCGACAGACCUUGACCUUCACUCAUUCAUAAAUGACCUUGACUUUGAAGGUCAAAUUAUUGAAAUUUUCAUGUUUUUGGCUAUUAUUGGCUGUAACUUUGUUAUUUAUGAAUGGAUAGUCUUCAAACUUGAACAUAAUAAUCUUCAGGGAUAUCCCUUAAAAUUAACUAGACAGACCUUGACCUUUGCUCAUGAAUGACCUUGACUUUGAAGGUCAAAUUAUUGAAAUAUUCAUUUUUUUUUUGGCUAUUAUUGGCUGUAACUUUGUUAUUUUUGAAUGGAUUGUCUUGAAAUUUGAACAUAAUAAUCUUCAAGGAUAACUCUUAAAAAUAACCCGACAGACCUUGACCUUCACUCAUUAACGACAUUGUCUUUGAAGGUCAAAUUAUUGAAAUUUUCAUUGUUUUGGCUGUAACUGACUGUAACUUUGCUAUUAUUGAAGGGAUCAACGAACAUUCUAAAGGACCAGACCUUGAUGUUUAUCAAACCCAAAUUUGCUUGGGCUCUUUAAUGACCUUGACCUUGAAGGUUAAAUUACUGAAUUUUCUCAGAUUUGUGCAUUAAAUGACCAAAACUAAAUAUUUAUUUGUGUGUGUGUGUAUAUAUUGAUAUAUACAUAUCUAUCAUCAUCAUCAUCAACAACAACAACAACAACAUUGCAUGUUUCUAUUUUUAGAAUUGCGUGUUUCUAUUUUUAGAAUUGCGUGUUGCAAUUGUUAGAAUUGCGUGUUGCUAUUUAUAGAAAUUGCGUGUUGCUAUUUAUAGAAAUUGUGCUAUUUUUAGAAUUGAUUGUUUCUAUUUUAAGAGUUGCGUGUUUCUAUUUUUAGAAUUGCGUGUUGCUAUUUUUAGAAUUGCAUGUUGCUAUUAAUAGAAUUGCGUGUUGCUAUUUAUAGAAAUUGCGUGUUGUAAUUGGUAGAAAUUGCGUGUUGCUAUUUAUAGAAUUGCGUGUUGCUAUUUAUAGAAUUGUGCUAUUUAUAGAAUUGCGUGUUACUAUUUAUAGAAUUGCGUGUUACUAUUUAUAGAAUUGUGCUAUUUAUAGAAUUGCGUGUUUCUAUUUAUAGAAUUGCUUGUUUUUAUUUAUAGAAUUGCUUGUUUCUAUUUAUAGAAUUGCAUGUUUCUAUUCAUAUAUAUAUAUAUAAAUAUAUAUUGUCUAUUUAUAUAUAUAUAUAAUAGACAAACAAAUCUAAAUGACAAGACAGACCAAGUAAAUUUAUAAAAAGGAAACGUUAAGAUAUGUUCAAACCUUUCUAUGUUUGCUUUUAGAAGAAGUAAAAAGUCGAGCGUUGCCCCCGCCCGGUGGUGGCUCUUGUUAAGGGAGUCUCAGCAUUAUACAUUUCAUUGACUGUUUUAUGUGAUUAUUUUGGGAGUCUCAGUAUUAUACAUUUCAUUGACUGUUCCAUGUGAUUAUUUUGGGAGUCUCAGUAUUAUACAUUUCAUUGACUGUUCUAUGUGAUUAUUUUGGGAGUCUCAGUUUUAUACAUUUCAUCGACUGUUUCAUGUGAUUAUUAAGGGAGUCUCAGUAUUAUACAUUUCAUUGACUGUUCUAUGUGAUUAUUUUGUGAGUCUCAGUAUUAUACAUUUCAUUGACUGUUUCAUGUGAUUAUUAAGGGAGUCUCAGUAUUAUACAUUUCAUUGACUGUUUUAUGUGAUUAUUAAGGGAGUCUCAGUAUUAUACACUUUCAUUGACUGUUUUAUGUGAUUAUUAAGGGAGUCUUCUCAGUAUUAUACAUUUCAUUGACUGUUUCAUGUGAUUAUUAAGGGAGUCUCAGUAUUAUACAUUUCAUUGACUGUUUUAUGUGAUUAUUAAGGGAGCCUCAGUAUUAUACAUUUCAUUGACUGUUUUAUGUGAUUAUUAAGGGAGUCUCAGUAUUAUACAUUUUAUUGACUGUUCCAUUUGAUUAUUUUUGGAGUCUCAGUAUUAUACAUUUUAUUGACUGUUCUAUGUGUCUCAGUAUUAUACAUUUUGUUGACUGUUCCAUGUGUCUCAGUAUUAUACAUUUUAUUGACUGUUUCAUGUGAUUAUUAAGAGAGUCUCAGCAUUAUACAUUUCAAAACAAUCAGUUUAGAAGGACAUUGAAACUUUAAUUGUUUUUCUCAAAAAACUAACUAUGAUUUCAAAUUAUACAUUUAUUUAUCAUUUGAUAUGUUUAUACAUUAAAUAAAUGUAAAAAUAAAAUGAUGGGUUGUUUUGAUU